UUUCAUCCUUAACUCUUCUCUCUCGCUGCAUGAAAGAAAUUCCCUCCUCGCUCACAAUCACAAUGAUGUGAUGCAGUUGCCGAUUCGAUCAUUCCCGUUGUAACUAACUUUACUUUCCCUCCAAACCGUUUAUUUCUAACAAACUCACCGUUCGGGUCGGGUCGCGUCGCAAUGUUGGAUCUCAACCUCAACGCCUCCUCCGACUACACCAACACUCCUCCGCUCUCCGCCACUCCAAUGGAGAGCUCCGGCAGCCUCAAUUCCUCCGUCGUCAAUGCCGCCGACACCGAAGAUUCCUGCUCUUACGGCGACGGCGCCGUCGCUUACAACUUCGCCAUCCUCAACAGCAACACCGCUGCUGCUGAUGACGCCGCCGUUCGGACCAUUCAGCUUUUUCCGGCGUCCGACUCGGGAAUCUCGCCAGGAUGGUUGGAUUUCUCGUCGUCGAAGGAGGUGGAUCAUCACGGUGCUCCGCCGGAGCAGGUGAUUACUCCCCGGCAACCGCAGGUGAAGAAGAGCCGUCGUGGACCAAGGUCGCGAAGCUCGCAGUAUCGCGGUGUUACUUUCUACCGGAGAACGGGAAGAUGGGAAUCGCAUAUUUGGGAUUGUGGGAAACAAGUGUACUUGGGUGGAUUUGAUACAGCGCAUGCUGCAGCAAGGGCUUAUGAUCGAGCUGCUAUCAAGUUCCGUGGCGUUGAUGCGGAUAUCAAUUUCAACGUUAGCGAUUAUGAUGAAGAUAUAAAGCAGAUGAGUAACUUCACAAAGGAGGAGUUUGUGCAUAUUCUGCGUCGACAGAGCACUGGCUUUUCGAGAGGAAGCUCCAAAUACAGGGGAGUUACUCUGCAUAAAUGCGGGCGGUGGGAAGCUCGUAUGGGCCAGUUUCUUGGGAAAAAGUAUAUAUAUCUUGGGCUAUUCGACAGCGAACUAGAGGCUGCAAGAGCGUAUGAUAGGGCUGCUAUAAAAUGCAAUGGAAGGGAAGCUGUUACGAACUUCGAGCCCAGCUUAUAUGAAGGGGAGGUGAUUUCUCAGUCUGAUAAUGAAGAUAACAGGCGAAGUCUUGAUCUUAACUUGGGAAUAGCUCCCCCUUCUUACUCUGAUGGUCAAAUCAAGAACACUCCCAAUAAUGGAAGUUGUUUGCCAGUUCAACGCAGCUGGGAUGAUAUCCCUCUUGAUAAGAGAAUUAUGUUUGAGCACUCCGGAUCGAGAUCGCUGAAUGUUCAGCCAUCUCAUGGCUACUCCAUAGCAUCUGAGCAUCAUCCUUCCGUCUGGAGUGGUACCAAUUUCUUUCCCGUCUAUGAGGAAAGAGCAACAGAGAAGAGGAUGGAAACUGCUCCUGUUCCAAAUUGGGCAUGGCAAGUCCAAGGUCCCUAUGGCGGGGCAGCUCUGACUCCACCGUUCUCUGCUGCAGCAUCAUCAGGAUUCCCUUCUACAAUGAUACCUUCAGCUGCGGAUAGUCAAAUUCAUUUUCCGAACGUGACGUUCCUCCACUCACAUUUUCCUCCAUCAAUCACUAACUCCACCACCAUAUCCCCUUUCUACUGCAGGAGCUGAAAGCAUAGCAAGGUAGAGCAAAGCUACAGUUGCAAAUCUUCUAGACUAUUUGUUUGAUCUGUGAUUUGACAAAGUAGUAGGACUACAAGUUGCAAUUGAAUUGCUUGAU